AUGUCCUACCCCUCGAUAACACCCACCACCUGCACCCACCACCAACACCCACCACCUACACCAACCUACACCCACCACCUACACCAAUCACCUGCACCCAUCACCUGCACCCACUACCUGCACCCACCACCUGCACCCACCACCUACACCCAUCACCUGCACCCACCACCUACACCAACCACCUACACCCACCACCUGCACCCACCACCUACACCCAUCACCUGCACCCACCACCUGCACCCACUACCUACACCCAUCACCUGCACCCACCACCUCCACCCACCACCUGCACCCAUCACCUGCACCCAUCACCUCCACCCACCACCUGCACCCACCACCUACACCCAUCACCUGCACCCACCACCUGCACCCACCACCUACACCCACCACCUGCACCAACCACCUACACCCAUCACCUGCACCCAUCACCUACACCCACCACCUCCACCCACCACCUGCACCCAUCACCUGCACCCAUCACCUGCACCCACCACCUGCACCCACCACCUACACCCAUCACCUGCACCCACCACCUACACCAACCACCUACACCCACCACCUGCACCCACCACCUACACCCAUCACCUGCACCCACCACCUGCACCACCUACACCCACCACCUGCACCCACCACCUACACCCAUCACCUGCACCCACCACCUGCACCCACUACCUACACCCAUCACCUGCACCCACCACCUCCACCCACCACCUGCACCCAUCACCUGCACCCAUCACCUCCACCCACCACCUGCACCCACCACCUACACCCAUCACCUGCACCCACCACCUGCACCCACCACCUACACCCACCACCUGCACCAACCACCUACACCCAUCACCUGCACCCAUCACCUACACCCACCACCUCCACCCACCACCUGCACCCAUCACCUGCACCCAUCACCUGCACCCACCACCUGCACCCACCACCUACACCCAUCACCUGCACCCACCACCUGCACCCACCACCUACACCCACCACCUGCACCAACCACCUACACCCACCACCUACACCCAUCACCUACACUCACCAUCUACACCCAUCACCUGCACCCAUCACCUACACCCACCACCUACACCCACCACCUACACCCAUCACCUGCACCCACCACCUCCACCCACCACCUGCACCCAUCACCUGCACCCACCACCUCCACCCACCACCUGCACCCAUCACCUGCACCCAUCACCUGCACCCACCACCUACACCCACUACCUACACCCACUACCUACACCCACCACCUACACCCACCACCUGCACCCACCACCUGCACCCAUCACCUGCACCCAUCACCUCCACCCACCACCUACACCCACUACCUACACCCAUCACCUACACCCACCACCUACACCCACCACCUGCACCAAUCCUACACCCACCACCUACACCCACCACCUACACCCACCACCUACACCCAUCACCUGCACCCACCACCUACACCCACCACCUACACCCACUACCUACACCCAUCACCUGCACAGUGACAAAAUUGGGUUGUGGCACAACAGAGGCUGCCAGUUCCCCCUCUCACAACGGAUGACGGCUGACCCCCGACACAGCAGCAGCAUGACAGCAUCGGCGGCAGUGACAGCUUCUAUAGAAACAGUGUACACAACAUCGUCACUGAUCAUGCAGGCCCUGUUUAAUUCUCACUGCCUAAUUGUGUUGGGGAGACUGGCUUUUGUUCCCAUGCUUGUCAGUGCUGUGUUGCCCAGGCUGUUCCAUUGUCUCCUGCACAAGACGCGGCACUGCUUGAUGUAUGAAUGGAACUGGACGUCCACACGAUCUCCCCAUCCUCAGAACAAGAUUACCAACAAAUUCUCAUUGAUCUGUAUAGCCACUGUCACAAGAUAUGCAAGUGACACAUUAGGCAUGGCUGGCAGGGAGGAUGGAGCAGAGUCCAUGGCGGGAGGGAGACGGAGCCUGAGUCAGGGAUGGGGACUGCUUCGUCUUCUGCCGUCUGCUAUUGAUUAG